AUGAAAUUUGCACAACAUUUGUCGGCGCAUCUAACGCCGGAAUGGAGGAAGCAGUACAUCGAAUACGAGGGUCUGAAAAAGAUGCUGUACAUGGCCCAGAAUCAAGCCCCAUUGCCAGGAGUGACAGAACCCGCAGCAAUUCAGCGAUACUAUGCAUCUUUUGAAGAGCGAUUCUUCCAGAUAAGCGAAAAGGAACUAACCAAAAUAAAUACAUUCUACGCAGAAAAGCUCGCAGAAACCCAGCGACAAUUAGCAACACUACAGAACGAACUGGAAGGAGUGCUGGAUGCGCAGCGAGAGGAUGGUGUGAGGCCAUCAAGGCAUUGGUGGAGCAUCCUUUAUCGACCAAACAGACACCGAGCACGACACAAGGCCAUAUGUGACCUGAAGCUGGCCUUCAGUGAACUCUACCUCAAUCUAAUUCUACUGCAAAAUUACCAGAAUCUCAACCUCACUGGGUUCAGCAAAAUCUUGAAGAAGUACGAUAAGAUGUUCCACGCCACGAAAGGGGCAAACUGGCAGGCAACUCAGGUGGAGGCCUCCCCGAUUUAUACCAGUAAAAAAAUUGACCAGCUGAUCACGGAGGUGGAGUCACUCUACACCAAUCAGCUAGCAGGAGGAGACAGAGCACAGGCGAUGAAGAGGCUUCGUGUUCCACCAUUAGGAUUAACACAGACUCCUCCAGUGUGGAUAACAUUCCGCGUGGGUCUGCAGUGUGGAAUCAUGAUGGUCCUCAUGGUGCUGAUCAUUAUCAAAGGUGUCUAUGUAUCCCAGCAAGCCAGCAUGUGGCCCCUACUUAGGGCUUAUAGAGGAGGUUUCAUCAUGAUUGAGUUUGUCUUCCUGUUGGGCAUUAACACCUAUGGCUGGAGAAAGGCGGGAGUGAACCACACUCUAAUCUUUGAACUUGACCCUAGGAACCAUCUCUCCCACCAACAAUUCUUUGAGCUGGCAGGUUUCCUUGGGGUCCUGUGGUGUGUCAGCCUGCUGGCCUGCCUAUUCAGUACUUACAUCCACACUCCGAUGUCAGUCAAUCCUCUGCUCCUGUACGGAUUCAUGCUGCUGCUGCUUUUGAACCCGACCAAAACCUUCUACUACAAGUCCCGAGUUUGGUUAUUGAAAGUCCUGAGUCGCUCAGUAACAGCUCCAUUCCAUAAGGUCAGCUUCGCCGAGUUCUGGCUCGCAGACCAACUCAACAGCAUGGGAAUGGUCUUCCUGGAUCUCUGGUCCUUGAUCUGCUUCUACACCUUUGAAGUGAACUGGGAAAACAACCAGGGCCUCCUGAGCCCCCCAGCAGAAAAGUUUGGGGGUAAUGGUUACUCCUAUGGAGUGGCGUGUAUCAUCCAGUGUAUCCCACCAUGGAUCCGAUUUGCUCAGUGUCUCCGUCGGUACAGGGACAGCAGGGAUGCAUUCCCACAUUUAGCAAACGCUGGAAAAUAUUCCACGGUUUUCAUCAUGGUCACCUUUGCAGCUCUCUACACAACUGAGAAAGGCAAGUUACAUCUUGAAUCUACUUCCCCAGAUUGGCCAGUUUAUUUUUAUCUGUGGGCCGUGACUACCUGCGUCAGUACCAUUUUCACUAUCGGCUGGGACCUGCGAAUGGACUGGGGCCUGUUAGACAAAAACACCAAGGAAAACAAAUACCUGAGGGAGGAGACAGUAUAUCAAAAUAAAGUCUACUAUUACUGUGCCAUGGUUCAGGAUGUGAUACUGCGCGUCGCCUGGGCCCUCAAUAUCUUGUUUGUUCAGAAUAAGAAUUCGGUUAUGGCAGAAAUCAUCUCAACCACCUUGGCUCCUCUGGAGGUCUUCAGGCGUUUUGUCUGGAACUUUUUCCGACUGGAGAAUGAGCACCUCAACAACUGCGGAGAGUUCCGGGCGGUCAGGGAUAUCUCCAUCCUGCCCGCGACUGGGGUCAACCAAGCGGCUCUGCUGCUGCUGAUGGACCAGCAGGAAGGGGUCAGGAACCGAGGAAAGGUCAAGGGGGCAAAGCGGAAAACCAACUUCUCCUUCAGGCGGUCAAGAGCCAAGAACUUGGAAACGAAGGUAGACGUUGAAGAGUCAGAGGGUGAUGGUAUGAAGAGCUGA